AUGGAGAAAUUCAGGAGUCAAAACGGCCGGGCAACGCAUGGGAUGAUGCGCUCGACCAGCCGUAGGGCCGUGGCUUGUGCUGCUUGUUCUCAAGGCAUCACCCGCUGCGCAAUCAUUCAUCAGCAUCCAUCCAACCCCGCGGCAGCUACAUCUCAUUCCGCCAAAGCUGCCCGAUUGUCCAUAUCGGCUGUGGUCCGGGAGCCCGACGCAGCUCAGACAGUUAACCCCCGCACCCCCACACAAAUUGACAGUUUUCUUUCCAUUGAGCGGCCCAUGCGGGAUUGGAACAGUGGAAUGAGGGGACUCUUCCCUGACCGGACUUUUCAGCGGACGCCAGAGACAGGUGUAGUCACCAGGUUAGACCCAUCCCCCUGGUCAUUCCGGCAAUUCUACUUGCUUGGUGAUCUGGCGCCUGCGCAGCAGAAGCUGGAGCGAAGACUCCCGCCACGCCCAAGUGCUUCCGCAGCGGAGCCUCUGAUUCGGGAAAGUAGUGUGCGUAGAUAA